AAAUCUUCUGCAUCUGCAUCAGACUUAUCACUCUAGCUUCUGGAUCAACUCUGUCAAAGCAAGCUCGUAGCACCACCGCAACCAAAUGGCGGAGCACCACCAGCCACAGCAGCUCCAGACCCACCCCCACCGCCAGCAACCCCCAGCCGCCUCGACCCAGAAGCUCAGGGACAUCUUCUCCGGGAGAGGCCCCUCCACAGUCCAGGUCCUCACGGUGGUCACGCUCGUCCCGCUCGGCGGUGUCCUCCUCCUCCUGGCGGGCCUCACCUUCGCGGGCGCCCUCAUCGGGCUUGCCGUAGCGGCCCCGCUCUUCGUCCUCUUCAGCCCGGUCCUCAUCCCCGCGGCGCUCACCAUCGGCCUCGCGGUCGUCGGGUUCUUGACGUCGGGGGCGUUUGGGAUCACGGGGCUGGCUUCCCUCACGUGGAUGCUGAGGAGGAUGAGGGAGCUCCUGCCGGAGCAGGUGGAGCCGGCCAAGCGGAAAAUGCAGGACACGGCGGGCCAUUUGGGCUACAGGACGAAGGAUGUGGGCCAGACCAUCCAGGAAAAGGCCCACGAUGAGGGGAAGGCCCGUGAAGCUGCGAGGACCUGAACAAGAGCUCGCAGAGGUCGUCGCUUUUCAUGGUCUGUCUUGCGUGUGUAUAUAUGAGUCGGUGGAAUGCGUAGUAAUAAAAGAUUGCGAUGAUAUGUACCAAAGGUGUGAGAAGUAGGGAAGAGGAGAUGAUGAUGAUGCUUCCCUUCAUUUUGGGAUUUGUUUAUGCGAGCAUGUAAGCGACUAAUAAGACUUUACUA